AUCACACUGUGCUUGACCUUUUCAUCGCGAGGAUCCCCCGCUUAUAUACGGUCUUUUAAACACAUCAAAAGUCAAGCCGAUUAUACGUUUCAAAGCUUUUCACUCGGAGCUUCCGUAGAUUCAAUAUCAAACCGUUUUUUUUUUCGAAAACAAGUGUUAAUUUUUAGAAAAAUUAUUUUUCCGUUUUAACAACAAGUACGUCGCACGUUUCUUCUUUUUUAUUACCAAAAAAAAGGGGGGGGCUUACGGUGAAAGUUAUUCGUUUGUAUGCUGUCUUUUGUAGGGCUUCAAAUAAGAAUCUAAAAAAAUGGUAGAAAUUCUACAAGAAGCAGGCGGCCAGGAUGUGGCAGUUGCCGAAAGUGGAUCGAGGGCAGGAACACCAACAGAAUGCACAAAAAAAUUACAAAAUAUAUCUAACGAAAAUUUAAAUCUCACACCUAUUCAAGAAUUUUACAUGGGACAAAGUAUAUUCAUCACUGGUGGCACUGGAUUUAUGGGAAAACUUUUAAUUGAAAAAUUAUUGAGAAGCUGUCCGGGAAUUGCAUUUAUUUAUCUUUUGGUACGACCGAAAAAAGAGAAAGACGUUCAUCAAAGAAUAGAAGAAUUAUUCGACGAUGCACUUUUUUCCAGAUUAAAGGAGGAACAUCCAAAAUUUCGGCAUCAAAUUGUUGCAGUCUCAGGAGACUGCAGUUUGCCAGGACUGGGAUUAUCUUCAUCAGAUAGAACAACAUUGACUCGUCAAGUGUCAAUUGUCUUUCACGUAGCAGCCACAGUUAGAUUUGAUGAAAAAAUUAAACUAGCAGUUGCAAUAAACGUUCAGGCACCGAAAGACAUUAUAAAUCUUUCUAAGGAAAUGAACAACUUAAAGUCAGUCAUUCACGUAUCAACUGCCUAUGCAAAUUGUCCUCACAAUACAAUCGAAGAAAAAUUUUACGAUCCACCAAUGGAAGCAAGUAAACUAAUUACACUCACAGAAUGUGCUGAUGAAAAAUUGAUCGAUUCCUUCACGCCACAGUUACUAGGAGGAUGGCCUAACACUUACGCCUACACAAAAGCUGUCGCUGAAGAAAUCGUUAACAAAGAAGCUGGCAAUUUGCCUGUUGGAAUAUUUCGACCUGCGAUUGUUGUAUCAACAUAUAAAGAACCAAUUCCGGGUUGGAUAGACAACAUGUAUGGACCUACUGGAGUAGCUGCUGGAGCAGGAGCAGGAUUACUUCGAUCUAUACACUGCGAUGGAUCAUUAAAAGCCAACAUUGUACCUGGUGAUUUGACUGUAAAUGCCCUAAUUGCCUCUGCCUGGGAUGUUUCCAACAAGAAACGACUCGACAAGGAAUCGAAAGAAGUGCCAAUUUACAAUUUUGUUUCAAAAGACAAUCCAGUCACGUGGGAUGAACUGAAGGAAAUGUCAGAAAAAUAUGGAAUUGAAGUUCCGUCAGUUAGAUCUGUUUGGUACUACAGUUUUAGAAAUAAUAAAUACAGAAUGAUUCAUCUGUUUUACGUUUAUUUUUUCCACUUGCUACCGGCCCUUCUCGUUGACGCAAUUUGCAUUUGCAUGGGUAAACAAUUAAGAUUAAUGAAAAUCUACAAAAAGAUUCAUAGGUUUAUGGACGUGCUCAAUUACUUUACGACGAAAGAAUGGAAAUUCUCAAAUGACAGGGUACACGAUUUGAUAAACAGAAUGUCAGUAAAAGAUCGUGAGAAUUUCCUCUGCGAUAUGAGAGAAAUAGUUUGGGAUACGUUCUUCCAAACUUAUAUCAAAGGAAUUCGAAUUUACUUGAUUAAAGACCCUAUGGAAACUUUACCACAGGCGCGAGUAAGAUGGCAAAGAAUGUACUGGCUUCAUCAAGCAGUAAAAGUUAUACUUGGAUAUAUUGCCAUCAGACUGAUUUGGAUGAUUUUAUCAACAAUUAUUUCGUUUGUUGCCUAAAAAUCUGGUAAAAUAUAAUUUCUAAAAAAAGAAAAAAAGAAAAAACUCAAGGAAUCUCCGAAAAUGAAAAUCUCUUGAGAAGAGUACGAUAGUUUUAUUAUUGACGAGAAAAAAGUCUUUCAUCUUUUUCGAUUCGCGAGAAUGCCAAGAAAAUGAAAAUUAAGAAAAAGAUGAAAAUAUUUAACACGAAAUCUUCCUUAGGAAGACACAAAAUCUUUUAUAUUAAAAAGUGAUCAUGUGAUAAACCAGAAAAUUAAGAGAAAUAAAGGGAACUAUCUUAAAAACACA